CUCGUCAAUCGUAUUGGAGGUGCGCCGUCGCGGUCGUCGUGGUGAGAUACAAGGAUGCCGCACUCCCAGCACUUCUUGUGCCAUCGUGACGUCGUACAGAGUACAGGCGUCCUCUUCAGUCUGUUUGGGUCAUUUUGCUCGGUCAACUCAAGUGACCUGGUCGUUGUUUUUGCCCAACGUAUCGACGUGUACCGCGUCGAACCAGUCACACGAUCCAGCCCUACAUCUUCCUCGAACAUCACAUUGCAUUUGCUGCAUACGUUCCCGCUGUCUGGCAUUGUCGAAUGUGCGCAACUAGUCCACGUGAAGAAGGCAGCAGCAUGUUUGGCGCUCACGUUUGCGGCGGCCAAAUUGGUACUUGUUCGCUACCAAGGCGGCUCGUUAGUCACUGUCGCAAUGCACAACUUCGAAGAAGACGGCAUGGGUCUUGGUACGGCACUGCAAGGAGAACGAUUCGGUCGAACGCAGUUCAGCGGCAUCUCGAGCAUUCCUCUGACAAUGGCAGACCCCGACCAUCGGUGUCUCUCGAUGCUGCUCUACCAAGACCAGCUCGUGGUGGUUCCCCUGCAAGACAGCCGGCACGACCCGACCGACGACGACGAAGAGGCCAUGUACCAGAUCGCUAGUCUCAAAAUGGAAGACAAGACUCGAACCGAGCAAUACGCGUCGACGUUGGCGUCGUUCGGGCUCGACGGUGUUGUCGGCCGAACGUUCAUGCUCCGCUUGAAGGAGCUCGACAUCCGUGGCAAGAUAAUCGACUUUGCCUUCCUCGAGGGGUAUUUGGAGCCGACCCUCAUGCUUCUCCACGAAGAGAACGACCGCCAGGCGACUGUCGGGCGUUUUGCUGCGGGGUUCGACACGUGCUGCUUGACAGUGCUUUCGAUCAACUUGACAACCAGACUCCAUCCCAAGAUUUGGUCCAUCGGAAACCUCCCGUCUGACUGCUUCAAGGUCUCGCCAUGCCCGGCCCCGCUUGGCGGGGCCAUCGUGCUGUCCCAAAACGCCAUUCUCUACUUCAACCAAAAUCAGUACUUUGGGCUGUCCACGACGGCAUUUGCCGACAAAACAAUCGACUCGACCAGAUUUCCACUGUACCCUUCUCCGCUCCUUCCUCCUGACGACAAAUUUCUCCUUACCAACUGUCGAACAUGCCUCCUCAACGCGGACGAGAUGCUGCUGAACGUGUCGGGCCAACUCUUUGUCUUGUCGUUGCCGAGUCACCGCAGCCUGAAGCAAAAGGGCUACUACGGCCAAGAAGUGUGCCAGCUCAUGCUGCGGCGCAUGUCGACUAGUCAAUUGAUCCCGGCGACGUCGAUGGCGGUCAACUUUGAAAAGCGCUUGAUCUUCUUCGGCACGCGCAAUGGCGACUCGCAGUUGUUUCGAUAUCACACGUCGGGCGACGACCACGGAACAGAUGCACCGACCGUCGCGACCACCCCCGCAUGCCCCGUGCCGGUGCCAGAUGAUCUCGACUCGGAUGGCGAAGACAUGUACUUAUAUGGUCGUGUUCUCGCCGCCCCGGAAACAACUCAAGAGAAUGAUGUAUCUCAGCCCGUCGAAGCCACCGUCGAGUUCGCCGACAUUUCCCUAGAGGUUGUAGACCACCUCGCCGCGAUCGGCCAAGUCACUGCGAUGGACAUGGGUGUGGAUGUCGACCUGGAAGGCGACGUGCCGAAGGAUGCGCUGGUGCUGAGUGGUGGAGUCGGCGCGCAAUCCAGUGUCUCUGUCAUCAAUCGAGGAAUUCGACCGGUCGUGAUCACGGAAGUGCCGCUGGAAGGGUGUCGAGCGAUAUGGGCGGUGUAUGGCUCGGCCAGCGCCACACACCACGGGUACUUGAUCCUGAGCAUGAAGAGCCGCACGAUGGUGUUGAAAGCUGGCGACGAAACGCUGCCGUUGGAAUCGUCGGGUUUGUUUGUGGAAGGGCCGACGCUUGCAGCGUCCAAUAUCCUGAAUAACCAGCGCAUUGUUCAAGUGUACAAGCAAGGAGUCCGUCUUUUGGAAGAGUCGAACGAGACUCUGGAAUGCACCCAAGAGAUUCCGCUAGAAGGAGAUAUCGACUGCGGCGGCCUCGGCGUCGACGGCCCUGUCGGCAUCGUGUCGGUCGAUAUCUUGGACCCUUACGUACUGCUCCUGCUCAGUGACGGCAGUCUCCGCGUCGUGUGCGCCGACAUGAACGACCUCGAUCUUUCGGUGAUUCACCCAGAUCUGGACGGCUCCCAAGGCCAGCAGAUCUGCUGUCUGUGCUUGUUUCACGACUGGGGGCACAUCUUCUCGCAGCCACCACCAGAAGAUGAUACACCCGCCACCCAAGAGCCCGACGUUGAAGCGGACCACGACGACGAUGACGACAUUGACGGGCUGUACAAAGUAGCAAGUGCUGAAAAGCAAGCGGCCGAGAAAUCCACACGACUGCUACCCCAGGACUCGACUGGUGCACCAGUCUACUGUGCAGUCUGCUUAGACAAUGGGACGAUGGUGGUCUACUGCCUGCCAGACUUCACGGUUCAAGCGGUGUUUCCCGGCCUGAACGUCGCACCCCAAGUGCUUGUAAACACCAAACUGACGUCGCUCCAGUAUCCCCUCGUGGGCCUUGCCCAAGACGGAAAGAAGCCCGCCAUGUUGUCCCCCGUCGCGGACAUUUGCAUCCAUCGCGUCGGUCCGAGCGACUCGACCGGCAACGGCAACGUUGUGAGCAAGAUGGUGCUCGUCGUGUAUGUGGCCAACGGCGACUUGAUCUUGUACCAAGCCGACGGCAGUCGGUUCGUCCGGCGCGCGACCCAGUCGAUUACGCGGCCUUUUGUCCUGAAGAAAGAAUCGUCGUUUGCCCAGCUCAACACGACGCUGUUCCGGUACCCGAUGUUGACGAAGUUUCAUUCGGUCAUGAACCAUUCCGGCGUGUUUUUCCGCGGCGCGUCGCCCAUGUGGAUUUGGAACUCGCGUGGGUUGCCUGCCUUGAGUCCGAUGGCCGUCCCGCUGUCCAAGAAGAACCAAGUCCCAGUCCUCUGUUUGACGGCUUUCCACCACUGGAACUGCCCGGAAGGGUUUGUUUAUUUUCACUCGGACGGGAUGCUCCGCGUCUGCGAAGUGCCGCCCCGUGCCACGAUCACCCAGAACGGAUGCACCGUGCAAAAGGUCCCCUUUGGCUGUACCAUCCAUCACUUGGUCCACAUCGGAUGCCAUGGCACUGGAGCUGUCCAGGACGCUCUGCAGACGCCGACGUACGCUGUCGUCGUUUCAACUGCCGCCCCUCCGCCCGUCGACGAUGGCACUGAAAACGACGCGGAAGCCGAUGCCGAAGAGGAUGGCUACACCGCACCAAAGCCUGGCGAGGUUUUGAAUGGCAUGGAGGCCGGUGACUUUGCUGGUGUGCUGGACGAACAGUACGAACUGCGUCUGGUGCAGUCGGUGGACGGGCACUUGUCCAAGGACAGCGUGUUUUCGAUCCAAAUGGAACGAUACGAAGUUGUGCUGACGAUCAAGGUCAUGUACCUGUCCGAUGCUCCCGUCCUCGUUCCCCAAGAAUGGAAGCAAAAGCGAAAGCCUUAUGUGGUGGUCGGCACCGGCGUUGUCGGACCGAAUGGCGAAGACGAGAACGGAAAGGGUCGGCUGCUCGUGUACGAGGUCGACUAUGCCCAGUACACCAGUGCCCACGGCGUCACGGGGCGCAAGCUUCCAAAACUCAAACAAGUGUACGCAAAAGACCACAAACAAGGCGGGAUUUCGAUGGUGUCGCAGCUGGGCGCGUACGUCCUGGCCGCCGUCGGGUCCAAGCUGAUUGUGUACGAGCUCAAGGGCGGUCAGUUGGUCGGGUGCGCCUUCUUCGACGCCCAGCUCUACAUUGUUAGUCUCAACGUGAUCAAGUCGUUCAUUUUGUACGGCGACAUUUACAAGAGCGUGCAUUUUCUGCACUGGAAACCCCAGGAAAAGUCCAUCAUUAUGCUUGCCAAAGACACAGAGCCGUUGGACAUCACGGCCACGGAAGUGUCCGUGAUGAAUUCGCAACUCGGAUUGAUUGCGUGCGAUCUACAGUCGAACGUCCACGUCCUUCAGUACGAGCCGACCCACGUCGAGUCCCGAGGCGGCCAGAAACUCCUCCGAACAUCCGACUUUCAUCUCGGCACCCGCGUCACGUCGCUGCUGCGAAAACGCGUGCUGGACUGUCCGUUUCCCCUCUACGUCACGCUGCUUGCGACGGCCGAAGGCGGCGUGGGAGUGCUCAUUCCUGUGCAAGAGCGGCUCUUUCGACGCAUGUAUACGCUUCAGAGCAUCAUGGUCAAUGUCCUGCCGCAGAACGCUGGGCUGAAUCCACGAGAAUUUCGACAAGCUCUGCACACUCGAAGUACGGGGCGGCCCGAUGCGUGGUGCACGUGGAAGGCAAAGAAGGCGUUCUUGGACUUUUCGGUCAUCGGGCGGUUCUCCGACUUGGAUUAUGUGGCGCAGCGAGAGCUGGCGCGAUGCAUUGGGACCACGCCAGAGGUUGUCCUCCACAAUUUAUUGGAACUCCAGCGCACCACGCUAUUCCUAUAACGACCCUAACGAACGAUCCCUGUCUUCCA